AUGUCCGGAGCACCUUCGAGUUUGACGAAACCGAUUCAAAAUCCAGAAAAGAUCCUUAAGAACUCAGGUUGCUGUUACAUGAGGUUAUCACUGAUUGCCGAUCGAUGCUAUCAUUCUAUGGUUAUGAAGAUUGAAGUUGUCAAGAGAGAUGAAAGCUGCUGCUCCAUAUCAAAAGGAACUCCUCAAAUGCCACAAACGCUAGCUCUGGAUGCCGUUUUUUGUGGUAAUAGUUAUACCGUAACACGACUGAGUGCACAUGAUUUGCAACUCUCCGCUGUUGAGAUAAUGGAGGAUCAUCACCACAUGACAUACUCCUGA